GCCCGGUUCAGAGUCCUGGGAUCCGACCACCCCAUCACCGCCGUCGUGGGAGAAGACGUCGUCCUGCCUUGUCACCUCUCCCCUAGGCUGAACGCCGAGAACAUGGAGGUGAGGUGGUUUCGGUCCAAGUUCUCCGUCUACGUCCACCUCUACCACAGCGGGCAGGACCACUACUCCUCCCAGAUGCCCGAAUACCAGGAGAGGACAGAGUUUUUAAAAGAGGGCAUCUCCGUUGGGAACCUUUCCUUGAGGAUCCUCAGGACCAGGUUGAGCGACGAGGGGCAGUACCAGUGUCUCAUCAAAGAUGGGAAUUUUUACGAAGAAACCAUGCUGGAGCUGAAGGUAGCAGUUUCAGGUUCCAGCCCCCUCCUCUCCUUGAAGGAUUAUAAAGACGGGGGAAUCCAAGUGGGAUGUCGAGCAACCGGCUGGUACCCAAAGCCUGAGAUGCUGUGGAGAGAUUUGGAGGGCCACCAGCUCCCGUCCUUCACCGAAUCCGACUCCCAAGACCAGAACGGCUUCUUUGAGGUGGAGAAGUCCAUCGUCAUCCAAAAAACCGCACGCCGAAACGUGUCCUGUUCCAUCAGAAACACGCGGCUUGCCCAGGAGAAGGACUCAACCAUUUAUAUAUCAGACCCCAUUUUCCCAAAGAAUUCUCCCUGGAUGGCAGCUUCGUUGGCGACCCUGGCUGCCUGCUUGGCUUUGUUGGGCGUCUUCUCUCUUUUCAUCUUACGGCUACGAGAGAAACGCAACGUCGAAAUCC